GGAUAACAUAUGAAUGAGUAACUGAAGCAGCUCUUCUGCUCCUCCUCCAGUGGGCGGUAGAAGCGACCCGAGGGGACGUCAGCACCGUAGAGGAAGAGAAACGGAAGUAAACAACAGCUGCGCUGUGUUUGUGGCAGCAGUGAGCGUCCUCUGUGAUGUCAUGGUGAUGUCAUGGGUGAAGCAGCGGUACCGUGACAUCAGUCCUGUGACUCUGCAGGUGGUGGGCGGGGCUGUGAAUGCCAGUCUGUACUGUGGGGAAGUGGAGGGUCUGUCGGGGGGGCUGGUGGAGUCCUUUCUGGUGGAGCUUUAUCGCUGCAAACUCUGUCAGUUCACCUGUGGACUGAAGGCCUCCAUCAGCAGUCACCUGCUGCUCAAGCACCGCCCCCCCACCCUCACAUACUUGGGGAGGGCUGAUGGAGGGGACGGGGCUGAUGACGGGGAGGAAGCGGGGCUCCAGCGGGAGGCAUCGCCCUAUCAGCUGAAUCUGAACGGAGAGUCGAAGCAUAGCGACGAGGAUGAGGAGUUCCUGCUCUACAACAUGCUGGACAACAUGAGUCCACCCACCUGUGACAUCAGCAGUGAGGGGCCACUGCAGGUCGCACACACCUGUGAGGUCAGCACUCUGUUCGAGGAGGAGUCCGCCAUCUUCCCUCUGAAGGGGAGUUCGGUGGAUCUGUCCUGUCCCAUUGACCCCCCCACCACCCAGGAGGAGAUGGCACAGUCUGCUCACCUCAUGACUCUGGGACUGUGUCGCAUUUCAGCCACCAAACCUGCUGCUCCCCCUCCACCCUGUGUCUCCCGGUCUGUCCACCCUCCCCCAGACGUCUCCCCCUGCCUGUCGCAGCCCAACAGCCUGAGACAGAGUGAGACGGAUAGCCGGCAGAUGAGGCCUUCCACCUCCAGUAAAUGGAAGGUGCCAUGUCUCCUGUGUUCUUUGACACUGCCGUCCAGGCGACUGCUGGACGUCCACGUCCGGUCUCACCGGGCAGCCGGUGGGUUCAGCUGUAUUUGCUGCAGCUUUACGGCUGACAGUUGGGAGCAGCUGGAGCCUCACUGGAGGAGCCACUGCAGGAGGAGGAGGAGGAGGAGGAGGAGGGGGGAGGAACAUAAACAGGAGAAGGAGAAGGAGAAGAAGAAAAAGGAGAAGGCGUUUCAGUGUCUGGCCAGCAGCAGCGCCUCACGAAUCCUUCACCAACAAAUACAUGACAGCUGCGAUCAACGUCACCACAGCAACCACUCAGAUGAGUUGAGGGGCCGACUGAAUAGAAGAACAGCACGCAGGAAGGAGGAGGACUGCACUGACAGACAAACCAGCAGACCUCAGACUGGUUCAAUGCAGAGCAGCGCAGGGAAGAGAAAGAAAACCAGAGGAAAGAAAAAAGAAGAAGAAACAGAGAAGGAGGGCGAGGAAACGGGUUUCUGCUGCUCUCUGUGUCACAGGAAGUUCUCCACCAAGCUGACUCUGAGGCGUCACUUGGGUGUCCACGGAGGAGAGAAACCGUUCACCUGUCCACACUGUUCCUACAGCACCAGACUGAAGGCUUCACUGCUGCAGCACCUGAGAACACACACAGGUGAAAAGCCGUACAGGUGUGCCGAGUGUCCGUAUGCUUCAAUAGAUCGCAGCUCUCUGCUCAGACACCGCAGAACUCACAGUCAGGAGAAACCGUACAGGUGUCAGCACUGCGACUACAGCAGUAUUCAGAAGAAGAGUUUGGACCUCCACGCUCGCCGUCAUCACACUGGCGAGGUGUUUCCAUGCCAACAGUGUGAGUACUCCAGUCCGGACCGCCAGCUGCUGCUGAGACACGUCCGCAGACACCACGCCCCCUUGCAGCAUGCCAUGUUGUGACUUCACAGCCAGUUGGCUGUUCUGAUUGGACUGUUAGCUGGUGGGAGGGACUAAGCAGAAUGAUGCCACAGACUGCUGAUGGUGUUUGUAGGUGACAUCUGCUGGUUGGAUUUUUGAAUUAAAAUGAAAAACAUUAAAA